UAGUGUUGUUGGUGACAAGACAGAAACGAUGAACAAGAGUUGUUGUUCAGAAUCUUCAACAAAACCAAACACCAUCAACAAUUCAUCCAAACCCAAACCUCCUUUUAUGCCAGCAAAGGACGACACCAAACCCGUGCUUCAAGACCCUAUUCUGAGAUCCGAUCCAAUUGAGACAGAGGAAGCUGUGCUGAGAUUGCCUUCAUUCUCAAUCCCCAUUUCAACUUCCUCACCUCAAAUGACCUAACUUUUAGGCUUUUAAUCUCUGCCAAUUUAAACCUUCUUUUCUUCUUUCGGUUUUCAACAAUGGGUCUUCAGCUUUUUGGCUCCUGAAUA